UAGUAGCCGUAUUUGUGAAAGGAUUUUCACGCGAGCUUUCAGUUUGAUACGCGGUGCGUGCUUGUUAAGUCGAUGCAUCGUAGUAUAAUUACUGUUUAGUGAGCGUGUUUUCUCGUCUCCCGCGCCUAUGAUGUUUUAAAUUUAUGUGAUGUGUUAUAAAGGAUUAUAAAAUGGGGCAUUGUCAUCGAAUUUUUUUUAUUUUAUCGGUUCUGCUCAACCGAUGGCUCAUGACCACCGCACAAGAAAAUUACUUCCUGGGAACACCGCGAUUUCCACAAACCUAUCAUCCGACUUCAAGUGAGUUUAACACGUUAAGGAAAACACCUCUCGCGUUCGGAAGAAAUAGUUUUAUACCGUCAUCUGACUUAGAUACAUCGGAUUUACCAUCUCACUUGCAGAGGAGGUUACCGCAGUAUCAGUUUAGCUCAUUUGAAAAUUCGGGAGAGAAAUUUCCGCCUCAGUUACCGUCAUUUGCUCAACAGAUUUCUCCAUCGACCCAUCGACCCAGUUACUCCCACCUGUUCUCUAAAAAUUCGCACAAUCACGACCCGUCCCAAACGGAAACUUUUCUAGGAGAAAUUACGAUACAAAGCCCCGCCGAACUUCCCAUAGAGUUUAAAAAUCGAAAUAUUGGAGGUUUCCAACCUUCCCUCCAUUUUCCUGUCCGCCAAUUCGCGGUGCCCAACAAGACGCAAAACACGAACGGAAUCGUAGAUCAACACUUGGAUUCGACUCCUACCAAUCACUAUACUGGAAGUACCAGAGCGAAUUUCCUCAAUCAUCGAACGCGAAUUUUUGCACCAGCAACCGGCAAUCGACCCGAGGUCAACGAUUACUUUGUGAAUACGAACGGUGACGUAUUCGUUACAACAAAAAGGCCUGAACAUGACGAACGAACGACUACGCACUCUGAAAAGCACGACGAAGUUACAACUCCAGACACAAGAACAGUGGAAAAUACGUUUAAUUUGGAUUCAUUGCUGGAAGAGCCUGUUGACAAAUCGGAACCAUCAAGCAACAAAGACAACGUUGAAGUGAUAAAGGCGGUAACCGUGUCGCCUGACAAAUUUUACUUGCCAGAUCCUAAUGUGACGAGUAGUGGUGAAGAUUAUAUGGCCACAGAUGACUCGGAAGAUUAUGAUUACGAUACAACGGCUCUCUAUGAUGAAGAAACGACAACCGCUUUCGUUCCAGAUUCAGAAGAAACAACCGAGAGCACCGAACUGAACUCUGUCGAUGGCAGCAAAAUUGUAAACCCCCCAGCAGUGCAAGAAUCGGGCUAUGAAGUUUUAACCAUGAAACCUGCAACAAUGGUAAAGGAUGAUAAUUUCAAAAAAUUCGUAGAUAGCUCUGUAAUCGAUACAGAUCCUCCACCACCGCGCGUAAAGGAUCUGGAGGAUACAGUCAUAUCGGUUGUAACGACCAAAAGUAUUAUAAACAAUACUUUAAUCGACACACUUCCGUCUAAUUACAGCGUAACGGAGCAAAUGGUGACCACUUCGGAUCCUAAUGUAACCACUGAGAGUCACUUGCAAGCGCAAUUGUCUGCACCCAAGCAUACCUUAGGUGAAGAGGAGGUCUCGACGGAAGGUUGGGUUGUAGUCGCUUCAGUUCAGACUAGCCGCAGCGUGUCUGGAGCUCGUUAUUUGCCUUUCCCCGUUGUGGAGCAACACGAAAGAACUAAACUUCUCAACGAACGCGAGAAAGACGAAGAAGAGGCGGUAACUUUCUCAAAUACGACAGUUGAAAAUGAAUCCACGACAAUAUCAUCCAGUGAAAAGCAAAAUACGUCAACGGAAAGCUUAACGGAUAAACUAGAUCGCGUUCAGUCAGACUUAUCCGGGAGUCUGCUUACUGGUAGCUUCAAUAACGAAGCCAGCAACAUUGCAGUUAUCACGGAAGGCCAACUGGACAAAUCGGAUGAGACUACAAUGUUUGAUAGCCCAUCUUCGGGCAACGUCACCAGUCGGCCGUCAUCUCCAGGUUCUCCACCAGUAGUCAUCCGAAAGUUUUCUCCUCUUGCUCGUCCUUCUACUACAGCGAGGUCCAGGAUGGGUCUCAAACCACGGAAGGUGAAUUCCCCAGUGGACAUUGACAAACCCCAAAGUGACCAGCCAGUCAAGCUGUACGUUCCCGACAUCAAAUUGAAGAAUGGCACAACUGGUAGAUCCUCGGGAAUAUCCAACCAAAAUCAAAUCAUCGUGCAGGACGUAAAUCAGCGCAAAGAAGCCGAAUUAUCCCAAAAAACCUUAGAACACCUACUGCAUAAAAUUAAAUUCAAGGAAACGAGCGCUUUGCUUCCCCCCGAUUAUCACGAGAAGAUCGUGUCUAACGCAAGUGAAGAGACUAACUCGAAAAAAAUGAAACCUGCCUACGGAACGGCUAGUUCAACAGCAAGUCCGAGUGUUUUCGAUAACAUAAAACAAGCUGAUGUCGGCGCUCUUCUUCCACCAGGCUAUAAUUCGAAGCAAAACGAUACCGUGCCAAAGUCCGACUCAAAAACUACACAAAACAAGACGGAUGCAUUGACUAACCUCUUUAAAAAAGUCAAACAGGAUGACAUCGCAGCGUUCCUUCCACCCGGUUACAAACCCCCCUCCGAUGAAACGCCGAAGAAUCGCACUAUCGACAAUCUUCUAAAGAAAAGCGCCGUUGACAAUAUAUCAGCGUUUCUGCCUCCAGGAUACAAACCACCAUCCGAGGACGCGCCAAAGAACCGCACCAUUGAAAACCUUUUAAAGAAGAGCGUGGUUGAUGACCUAUCAGCCUUCCUUCCUCCUGGAUACAAACAGCCCAAGUCAACUACGGUAAAGACACCACUGUCGAUCAUUGAAACCGCAACGCAAGACGAUGUAAGCGCAUUUUUACCUCCCGGUUACAAGGUAUCAACGCCCAAAGCCGAUAUUUCGAGCACUUCCGCCCAGCCAAAAAGUUUAAGUGAUAUUUUUGAAAGUGCCAAACAAGAUGAUAUUUCCGCCUUCUUACCCCCCGGUUUCAAAUCGAAAUUUGGGCUGAGCAAGGUUUCAACAACUACCGAAGUUAGUACUACGACAACAACCGAAAAAAUAACGACUACGACCGCCGCUCCUGGUUUUAAACUCGUCUUCCCGAGCAGGCCGGGAGGUGCUCAUAGAAAGAAUACAAAAGCGUCGGGAUCUCGAUCGAACUACAACGAACCUGCGAAUACGCCGCCCUCGAUACAUAAGGGUUGGCCUACACGUGCGACAACUGAGUUUACGGGGUGGCCAACUCCAUCAACGACGCCGCUUUCCAUUGAGAAAAUACUGGAACGGGCACGUGCAGCAGCCGGCGCGACUUCCAGUACAACUACCGAGGCAGCCAUGAGUACACCUAGCACUAGUACAACGACAACGUCAACAACUACAACGAGACCCACAACUCCUGGUCUGUGCCUCUCCGAAUGCGAUUUAGUAGGAACAAUUAAGCUAACGGGCGGAGCGAAAUGGGCCCCAGAGCUUCUCGAUCGAAACACCAAGGAAUGGCAACUUCUAGCCAACGAGGUUCAAUACCAGCUUGAAGAUAUUUACAGCAAAUCCGAUGUUCUAAGCAAAUGGUACAAAAAAAUUCGGAUAGAUGGAUUUACGAAAGGAAGCGUUCUUGUGGAUUACGUGGUGGAGUUAAGCAACGUAAGCAGAGAAGUUAGCACCACGGAUCUAAAAUCAAUGUUCAACGACGCCCUCCAGGACGCGCUGGCAAAAAGCGGCACCAACCGUGAAGCCAAGUCGAGCGAUUUGAGAAGUUCGCUGGACGAAGGUGAAAGACUGAGUUUAGGAAAUUUCAUAAUAGAUCCCACCUAUACUGAUUUCGUUGUUUUACCAAAGCAAAUAUUGCCCACGGUGGGUUACGCUGAGGACAACGUUCUUCUUCCUCAAUGGGCUAUUGCAAUUAUUGUAAUAGGUUUAGCAUCUCUUCUAUUUGUGAUUAUAUUUGGGGUUACAGUG